CUUGCAAAAUGGCCAAAUAGAAUCGAACAGAAUAUUUUUAAAAGGAGAAAAUAAAGCAAAAUUCUAGUGUUAAAACUGUAUUAAAGACUUCAAAAUGUUGGCUGAUUAUACUAGAAGAUAUAGGGAAUAUACCGGGCCAACUCCACAUUCUGUGGCUAUAGUAAGUUGAAAAUUGUUUCUGUCGUUGUGCUCUGAACUACUGAAACAUUUUGCCUUUGUUUUAUUGCAUAUUUUAAGCGAGAUUUAGGGAUAAGAGACUAUAUUUCAGUAAUGUAGGCAUUGUAAACAUUAUACUGCAUUGAUGUUGAUAGAAGUUUUCAUUGGUGGCUUAUAUAAGAGGAAUAAGCUGCCGUUUUUGUAAUCUUGAUUCUUGAAUGGUCAUAACUUGUCUAGGUGACUAGGUAUAGUGCCAAUAUUAACCCUUUAAGUGGCAAUGCGCCCUACUUUGGUAUUUUACUCUGUCUGAUGCCAGACGAUUUUACUUGUCAAGUGGAGAGUGCUGCCACUCAACGGCCAACAGGUUAAUAAGAAAGCUUCGGAUUAGUUUUCCUUGCAAUUUGUUGUAUCACUAUCAAUCUGAAGCUUUCUUAUUGCCGUUGUUUGUGUCAGAACUGCACUUGAAGAUUGCAAAUAUAGGGCAUUCAUAAAAAUAAAUAUCAGGAUUUUGGCAUUUCGCUCGAUAGAACGACUAAAAUUAGACCUACCAGGAGCAGUUGCGAAAAUGCAACUAAGUAGGCCCUCUGGCAGGAAUCGAACCUGUGACCGGUGAUUCUGAUGCAGCACUCUAACCAACUGAGCUACAGAGUCGUCAAGCAUUUAACCAGGGCAGCAGGUUCAAUUUCUACCAGAGAGCCUGUUGUUGCACUUUUGCAACUGCUCCCGGUUACACCGGUGGAAUUGUCAGUUUACCGUCGCCUGCCUGCAUGGUCUUUGGGAACUGCAUGAAAAUUUUCAUUUGGUUAUUUUUUUCAUUAUUUGUCUUAUUUUUUUGGAUAACAUUUUUCAAGAAAUUAUCGAGCUGUGUUUAAUAUACUUUCGAAACAUAGCCUACGACGGACUAUAGCAUUUGCUAAAUGUACAAGGUCAUAAAAAAAAUUUAAAAAUUUCCGGUUGGAAUUUGUUGAAUUUUCAGCCGUAGUUUGUCCAAUUUGAAAUAAAAUAAUGAAUAUUGAAAACAUCAACUUUUGAAAAUUAAUAGGUGACAAUAAACUGAUACCUUAAUUCCAUAGGCCUUAGGUCUAAAAUCUAUCGUUUUUGCUAGAAAUGUCUUGAAGUUCAAGAAACGACCUGUCAACAAAGGUUUUAAUUAAAUACCAUCAUGGAAAUUCUAGGUUGACUUUUUCAAAAUGGUUCCAAUUAAGUGUAAGUAACAAAUUUUUCAACAUUUAUUCCUAGAAAGCAAAGCCGACCCGCAGGCGUCCUGCUGAACACCUCAUUUUGGAACGAAGACGGAAAGAAGCUUUGGUAGAAGAGGCACGAGAGGAAACCAAAUUUAUGAAACAAUGCGACCUAAAAUCUUCAUGGGUGAAAACCACAAACAAACGCAUCGAACGAAACACAUUGAAGAGACGGGUGCAACAAGAACUGCUGAAGGAGACUUUUGCUCUCGAAGACAGACGCGAGAUGCUUCGGGAAAUGUUGUUAGAAGAGGAGCACGGUUAUAUCGAGGAAAUGGAAAGCAUGCAAGAAACAACAUUGGAAAGACAAGCCAAGAUGAGGGAAAGAGCGAAAUAUUUGAAAGAAAAGAGAGAACAUGAAAGACAAGAGUUUGUUGCUGAAAAAUUAGAUCAACGAUGGAGGUAAGAAAUAUUUCAGUGGAGAAAUUGAAGUGCCAGCAGUCUCCCCUUGAUGAGUAAAAUCAUCUGGUGUUAGACAGAGUAAAAUCAUCUGGCAUUAGAGAGAGUAAAAUAAUAACAUAGGACACAUUAGGGCGCAAUGCAACUUAAAGGCACAAGACACAUGGGCAGAUAGUCUGAUUAACCCACUCGGCAGCACUGACUUCCGUUGAUGAGUAAAAUUGUCUGGCAUUAGACAGAGCAAGAUAACAAAGCAAGGCACAUGAUUUUACUCAUAACAGGGAGAGUCAUACAUGCAUGUAUUGUUGAGUUAAUAACCCGUUGAGCGUUAAUUGCGCUGUCCUCUUUGUGAGUAAAAUCAUCUCGCAUUAGACAGAGCAAUUAUAUAAAACUGGGGCACAAUGGUAGCCACAUAUAGUACUGAAGGGGCUCAUAACUAUAAUAUAUGUAUAUAUAGAAUUGGCCCCUAAAAAUAUGGCCCCCAAGGUCUGCUAUGUCCAAGAGUAACAUGGGUGAUGUUUUAUGACAAUUGUAUACUACAGUAUUUUUUUUCAUAGUGAAGAUAAUACAGUAGUAUAUUCACUAUGAAAAUGCAGCCAAAUAGGAUUUUAAAAAGUAGGUAGGAACUGUCUAUUUAUUGCUCACUUAUAAUUUCCUGCCAGGGAUCAAUGUGAAGAGCUGAGAUCAAUCCAGUCAAAGCGAAACCAAGACCAGGUCUGUCAUGAGAGAAACGAACAAAUGUUACUGAAGCAGGAAGAGAAAAACCGCCAAGAGGAAGUAGAGAAGAUGUAUGCUGAUCUCUGGGCAACCGAUCGCAUCGCCAAGUCCGAGCGAGAAGAACAGGAAGAAAAGAAUCUGAUUGAGAGAAAUAGAGAAUGUCUGAAGGUAAGUAUCCUUGCGAAAAAGUUAAGGUAAUUGAUCUGACACUGACAGGAUAAUAUCAUGAAAUUAAACAUAGAAGAGAUGCACACACAUAGCACAGAUACACUAAUUCGAUCAAUUGUCAAAAAGUUAUAAAAUGUUACUUACCCUGUAGUUUGACAGUGCAAACCAGGGGUGUAGGGAAGGGGUUUCGGGGGGGGGGUAAUUAACCCCCCCCCUGUAUCUCGAAUGAAGUUUUAAGUUAAUUAUCUUUAAACUUUCAUGAACGGAUUUUCACUCCAGGUUCUGCAACUUCAAAUCACGUCAAACACCCAAAAAGUUGAAGAAGAGAAGAAGUUGAAAGAUCUGGAAGCAGAAUGGUUGAAAGAAGAGACUCGAAUGCGUAAAGAAGAGGAAGAAUGGAUGAAAAAAGAGAAACUAAAACGACAAGAACAUGCUAAACGUGUUCGCGAUGCUUCGGUCAAGUUGAAACAAAAGAAACAAGAAAAAGAGAGAAAUGAAGAGCUUGCUUUAGAACAUCAACUGCUUCAAAAACUUUUAGAGGAUACUAGAAACCAAGAGAAGGCGGACGUACAGAGAAAGAGCGAUCUACGCGAGGAAAAUUUGAGGUUUAUGGCAUAUGUCUCUCAGAAUCGAAAGGAUGAACAGGAAAAGGAAAAGAAGUUGGAGGAAUUGAUUCAUGAAGAAGUGGAAGUGAAGUGGCAGAAAGAUCUGGCCAAGUAUCGCUUGGAGAGAGAGGCAAGGAAGAAAUUAUUGCAGACUGUCUUGGAUACACGGCGAGAGCAGAUUGGCGAGAAAAGUAAGUUAAUGCUUGUGGUGAAUGUGGUGAUGAUUAUGGUGAAUGUGGUGAUGUAUGUAAUGUGAUGAUGAAGUAGUGAUGAAUGUGGUGAUGAGAGUAAUCUUGUAUGGGGUUGGAGGAAAGGAAAAAAUUGUUUGAGAUAUGAUUUAAAAUACAUUUUGACAACUGAGUUGAUGAGAAAAUUAAGUUUAGUGUUUGUGGUCAAUCUGGUGAAGCUGGAGAUAAUUAUGCGUGUUCUAAAAAAUGAACAAUGGUAAUGGUAAAGUUUUUUGUUUAAGAUGGUACAAAAGACAGUGGUUAUGGUGCUCGUGAUGAUGUUGGUUAUGGUGAUGUUAAUGGCGGUGGAGAUAAUGGUCGUGAUGAUGAUGGUGGUAGUAGUGAUGGUGAUUGUGUGAUUAUGAUUUGGGUGAUGGUAGUGAUGGUGGUAUAAAUGUGAUGAAGUACGAGCACAAUGAUGGUUAAAAAACUCACAAUAAAUUCUAAUGAUUCAAUGAUGAAUGACGAUUGCGAUUGUGGAAUUCAAGAAAAAGACCACGUGAAAACAUGGUUGUAAUUGUGGGGGUAAAUACCACAAUAUUCUUAACCUCCGUCGUUAUUUCCUUCCCAAUAGAUGAGCAAAAUGAGCAAUUGAGACAAGAGGCAGAAAGGGAAAGACACGACUUGUUGAAAGUGAUGGGCGAACAUAAACGUAUGGCUCAAGAAUCCAGUGACAAAUUGAAACAACGAAAUCUAUCUUAUCAAAGAGAUCUUGAAAUGCAAAUCGGGUAUGAGAAAACAAUGAAGGCGAGAGAGAAAGAGGAGGAAUUGGAUGAUUAUCUAGCAGGAAAGGUAUGCUGGAAUUUUAUAUACACGCCAGGGCUCGAAGUAGAAAAAAUAUGGCCUGACAAAUAUGGCUGCAAUUUGAAUUACCAAACUGUCUCUAGUCGUUGUUGAGAGCAAGCAUUCCCGAUAUCUAACAAAAUAUUUUCAUGUCUAUUUUUCAGGAAGCCGAGAAACAAUACCAGCGAAAGUUACAGGCCGCUGUUGCAAGACCCCACAGUGAAAAACUACAUCCAUCUCGCAGGCGAACCAUGGAGAGACAUGGAGGCUCUGCGCGUUAACAAUAUUUUAUUCAAUUUCCUCUCAGUCCUCCUUAUGUGUGUUAUAUUUACGUUGAAUAAAUAUGUAAUAAAUGGUAUGAUGCUUAUUAGACUGUGUCUAGAAUUUUCAGUUUUCUUUCCAUUUCACGCCAGUAGAAAACUUCGAUCUCCUCCAAAAUACAUCAUUAUCGUUUCAUCAAAAGUACUUGCGAGUAUCACAAAAGUUCUAUGUCUAUGAAACGUUCAAUGUGCCUAAAGUGCUUUCUUCUGCAAUCAGGAAUUCACAGUAAGGAAUUGGUCGGCCAUGUGUACACUUCUUAGCAUCAAAACCCUGAUUAGAACCAUUUAAAACAGUGGAAUCGAGUGACUUAUACAGAUGCUGCAAUCACUUUGCGACACAACAUAUCUUGGUUAAAACCAGGCGCACGACAGACAUGCGAUGGUUGACGUUUGCAUAAACAUGUCUGGAUAUCGAAUCCAUGUCACCAUCAUUUUCGGAACUCCAAUCACCAAAUAUUUGACGAAGUUCUCGCCUCUUUGCCCAGACCAAAUUUCAUUAGAUCAUUUGGAUGACUCACACAACUAGUGCCAGAUCCCUCCUCAGUAGAUCACACAACCAGUGCCAGACCCCUCCUCAGUAGAUAGGCCCCUCGUCCAUGUCGUCGUCAUCUUGGAAUCCAACCUCGUCUCCGUCGUCAUAGUGAGACACAAGAUAAUCAUUGUCCU